CACAAGUUUCACCCGCGGGUGCGGGGAUUUCUGGUCCCUUCUCCUACGUUUCCUCGAGGUUGCACCAUUUCGUUCUUCCAUCCUUCCCUUCCGGAGUGCCGCUGCCUCUGCCUCUGCUUCAUCAUUAUUUAUAUAUUCAAGUUGCAAUUGCAAAUUGCAAUUGCGAUUCCAAUUGCAUUGCAUCACCUCCUCAUCCUCCGAGCCCAUUGAAUAUUCUUGGCCGAUUGCCUCUGUCGAUUAUAAAAGGAGGAAGGGGAAGGAAGAAACUCAGAUACCCAUUUGAUUCUUGCGGCAGAAUAACCCCAAAGACUGCCUCAAAAUCUCUCCUUUCUCAGGAUCCGACAGCAGCUGCCAAUGGCUUCCCUUAACGUUCCUUGCCCUUCUUCCCCUGCUCUCUCCCGGAUACAAACAUCCAGAAACUCCAGAUUGUUCGGUGGACAGAUCCGUGUGAAUGCUCUGCAAAGUGGUCUUUCAUCUGACCUAGGCUGGAUUCAUUCUGGCACUAGCUUAUCCUUCAGAACUACUGUUGGUUGCAGAACAAGAACAGCUGUCGUGUCUGGAAAUGCUGAAGCUCUGGCCCAUAUUAGCGGUUUCCCUGUUGAUAAUGAUGAGUUCGAUUUGGAUUCCCCCACUGAGGGUUUCGCUUCCAUUCCUGAAGCCAUUGAGGACAUCCGCCAAGGAAAGCUCGUACUGGUAGUUGACGACGAGGAUAGAGAGAAUGAAGGUGACCUCAUAAUGGCAGCAGAGAAGGCGACGCCUGAGGCCAUGGCUUUCAUAGUGAAGUAUGGGACUGGGAUCAUUUGUGUGUCAAUGAAAGAGGAUGAUCUUGAGAGGCUGCAGAUUCCACUGAUGGUGAACCAGAAGCAGAAUGAAGAUAAACUCCGGACUGCAUUCACUAUUACUGUGGAUGCCAAAAAUGGGACGACUACUGGGGUAUCGGCCCAUGAUAGGGCAACAACUAUUCGUCUUCUUGCGUCAAAGGACUCGAAGCCCGAAGACUUCAACAGGCCCGGCCACAUUUUCCCACUGAUGUACCGUGAAGGUGGUGUUUUGAAACGGGCUGGGCACACCGAGGCUUCAGUCGAUCUUGCUGUCUUAGCGGGCUUGGACCCAGUGGCAGUGCUCUGCGAGGUUGUGGAUGAUGAUGGGUCCAUGGCCCGAUUGCCCAAGCUCCGAGAGUUUGCAAAGCGGGAGAACUUGAAGAUUAUCUCUAUCGCUGAUCUGAUCCGGUACCGGAGGAACAGAGAUAAACUUGUCGAGCUUUCAUCUGCUGCACGUUUACCCACUGUGUGGGGUGAAUUCAAGGCCUACUGUUACAAGUCGGUCUUGGAUGGAAUUGAGCAUGUUGCAAUGGUCAUGGGCGAUAUAGGGGACGGUCAAGAUGUGCUCGUGAGGGUUCACUCAGAGUGCCUCACUGGGGACAUUUUCGGCUCCCGACGGUGCGACUGCGGGGACCAGUUGGCUCUUGCGAUGCAGCAGAUCCAUGCUGCUGGGAGGGGGGUGGUGGUUUACCUCCGUGGCCACGAGGGGAGGGGCAUCGGUCUGGGUCACAAGCUUCGUGCCUAUAACCUGCAAGAUGAUGGGCGUGACACUGUGGAGGCAAAUGUGGAGCUGGGACUCCCCGUCGACUCAAGAGAAUACGGUAUCGGUGCCCAGAUUCUCCGUGACCUGGGCGUCAGAACAAUGAGGCUGAUGACGAAUAAUCCCUCAAAGUAUGUCGGGCUCAAGGGGUACGGGCUAACUGUUGCUGGGCGAGUCCCGCUCGUGACUCCAAUCAAUAAGGAGAACCAGAGAUACUUGGAGACCAAGCGGGCCAAAAUGGGCCAUAUCUAUGGCAUCGAUUCUAAUGGCCGCUUUAAUCUCAUUCGUGGCAACGGCAAGAGCAAUGGCAAGCCCAUGAUUGAGAAGUCUCCCGAGGCUACACAAUUGGCCAAUUGAACUGGCAGGAGAGGAAAAGACCGCCAUUUCUCUCCGGUGGUUGGAAGCGAGUUACAGCAUCCGGAGGGGCUUUAGAUUGUUGUCUUGAAUAAGUCCGAUAUCCUGCUAUAUAUAGGACUUUUCGAUUUUUAUAGCCAUAAGACCUCUGACAGCCCUUGUUGGGCUAUUCAUUGGUAUGUUGUUUCGUUCAUUUCUUGCCUGCAACAAGGUGUAAAACUGAGACUGUGCAAGGCAGUUCUAUGGAAGUUUGGGGCAUAUCUUUCACGCCCUAUUCCGCUCAA